AUGGACCAAACCAAAUAUAUAAGUCUAAAUAGGAAUUUUAAAUCAAUAGAUGCAAAGAAAAUAAUAAGGUUAUCGUUAAUACUUGUAUUAUCUAUAACUAUAUUGAUAUUAUUUAUAUUACUAUUUAUACCAAAUUCACCAGUUAACAGAGUCACAUUAUCGUUUAUGGAAUGGAUAAAGCAGAUACCAAAAGGGUGGGGCUGUAUACUUUUAACAAUUAUAUAUGCAGUUUCAUUAGUAUUUUGUUUUCCUGGCACACCCAUUAAUUUGGCAGCCGGGUUUUUAUUUGGGCCCUAUUUAGGCUCAGUUUCAACAGUAUUAGGUUGUGAUAUAGGCGCAAUAUUAGCAUUUUUCAUUGGCAGAAAUUUAACAAAAGAUUGGACAACUUCAAAAAUGAAUGAAAAUGAAAAAUAUAGUCAAAUUAAUAGUGCAGUUUCAAAAAAUGGUUUAUUAAUUAUAUUUUUAUUAAGAUUAUCACCAGCUAUUCCUUUUGGAAUUUGUAAUUAUAUAUUUGGUGCAACUAAUGUUUCAUUUUUUAAUUAUUGGGUUGGAACAACUUUAGGACUUUUACCAUUUACAAUUUUAUACACAUAUUUAGGUAGUUCAUUUUCAGACUUAUCAGAGGUUUUCAAUGACUCAUUAUCAGACGAAGAAAAGAGUAGAAAGAGAUUUUAUGGCUUGAUGGGUAUAACAUUUUCAUUUAUUUUAAUAGUGGCCAUUACAAUUAUCACAAAAAGAGCUUUAAAUAAUGCAAUGGUAGAAAAGAAAAUAAAUAAAGAUGGUUUAGAUUUAGAACAAGGUACUGAAUUACCACUUAUAGAGUCAAAGGAUAUUAUCAGCAACCUAUCAACAGCCUCAUCACCACAAAUGAAUGGCAAUAUUAAUAUACAAACCAAUAACUCUACAUCAACAUCCAACACUGCAUCCACUGCAUUAAAUAAUAAUAAAAAAGCCAAAGCAAUAUUUAAAAGAUCACCAACUGAUACAGAUCUUGACAGCAACAGUACAACUGAAGAAUUUGACAGCAAUGAUGAAAAUAACAGUAGCAAAGAUAUAAUAUUAACCAUUAACGACCAUGUAGAAUUUCAAAAUGAUGAUGAAGAUUUCGAUAACAACAAUGAUAAUGAUAAAACAUUUUUAAUUAAAAAUAAUUAUCAAAAUCCGAUUCAAAAACAAAUUAAAUAA